UGUUUUCUUUCGUGAGUUUCGAAGUCGAUGUGCAAUAACAAACGACUUCUUGAGAUGGUUGGCGUUGUCGGUUUAAUUUCAAUUUGUUCGCAGUUUUGAACCAAGAUACCUAUAAGAAAGUUUUGAACCAUCGCUACGAUUCUCCAGGAUAUUUCACGGGCAAGAGCGCCUCGUUUUUCGCUGUAAACGCCGCUGCUGCCGCUCCCAGCAUGGCCGACAGUGAGGGAAACUCUCCGUACACACUGCAUCGGCCGGGAGCCUUCGGGUCGGCGCCUGGACGCUCCCCCACCGGCGCCGGACCUGGACUGGGCACGGCAGAGAAGCGAAACCGACUGAAGCUUUCGUUCACCAACUCGGGGUCCCUCCUGAAACAGACGCCCAAGCUGCCCCUGCCAGUGCCAACCACACAACUCCGAGAGAAGUAUUUUGUGCCCAAGAGCAUACAACAUGGGAUGAUGAAAAUAUCGCCCAAUCAGGUGUACCAGUUCACCGCCGAAGACCUGGAUAACCUGGGGGAGAUCGGUUGCGGAAACUUCGGCACCGUUAACAAGAUGUUCCACCGCGCCUCCGGCACCGUCAUGGCCGUCAAGCGGAUCCGCUCUACCGUUGAAGAGACAGAGCAGAAACAGCUGCUGAUGGACCUCCAGGUGGUGAUGAAAUCCAACGACUGUCCCUACAUCGUACAGUUCUACGGCGCCAUAUUCAAGGAGGUGGGUGACGCUGCCAGGCUCGUGCCCGAGGCGCUCGG